AGAUGAAUUUUACGUUUCCUCUUCUUGGAGUUAUAGCAUUUGGUGUUGUGACUUUGCUUGCCUCAGAAGGUUUGUAACCAAUAACAGGUUUGCGGGCCUAAGCGGGCCAAAGGAGUACAGUUAAACAAUGACCCUUAAGCCAUACUAGGGAAAAUCAGUCAGGAUAACAUAUUAAGUAUUUAUCAUAUAAACUAAGGUGUUAUACAAGGAUUUCCAGCCCUGAGAAAAGUCGUAACAACACAAAAAAUAUCGUAUUUUUUCAUGUGUGUUUGAUAUCGCCAAUCAGCUGCUGACACGUCACUUCACCAUUCUCCAUCCAAGGUCAUUUGUUGUAAUUUUUUUUUCGGUUCAUGGCUGCUAAAACACUGAAAAAUCCGUAUUGCUUAGAGACAGUGACGUUCAGUCUUCCCUGGAAGAGGAAGGAAACCCUUAUACGGAAAGAUAAACCGAAAGUUAUGUAUUCAAUAAUAAUAAUAAUAAUAAUAAUAAUAAUAAUAAUAAUGAUAAUAAUAUAAUAACUUUAUUUACCCUACAAAAUGGAUCAGCUAGUACCAUAAUAAAAGCUGGUAUUGACCCAUGUGUAGCUAUAAUAAAAUACUCUAUAACUUCUAUCUCUAUGAAUAAAAUAUCGGCUACUGGAAAAAAAAAAUCAACUAUAAAACUAAGUAAGUGAGCAACGAGCAACAAUGGCUUUAGUAAUGGCAUUUCUCGCGGCUGCGAACGAAAAUCGACAACUGGAAGAUUUGUUACAGGCCGAUUUUGGCCGUGUACCUGAGAGACUUCUUCUGUCAGUAAGGAUCUAGUCAAAACCGAGAAUUUCGUUUAGUGAAAAUUACGCCCAUUGUUUGUUUGUUUGUUUGUUUUUUUUUGUAAUGUUUCAACGCAUUUUUUUCAUGUUGAGUCUUAGCGCCAACACAUUGUGCGAUUUUUAUUCGGUGUCGUUAAUCCUUUUAUUUUCAUUCAUUAAUAAAUAAGAUAAGAUUUUUUUGCCAUUAAACGUCUAUUGUGUAUAUAUGAUAAACAAAAUAAUAGACGGUUACUUGCAAAUACGAAAUUUCUCUUCUCGUGUUCAACUUGCCAUCUCUCUCGUUCGCUGCGCUCACUGGUGCGCUAUCGAGUUAAUCACUCGAAGAAAAAUUCCACAUCUACGCGCGCCCAUGUAUUAUUCUCUUUGUAAUAAAUGAAGAAACAACAAUUAAACAGGAAUAAAUUGAAAGAGAAUUUCCGAGCUUCAGAUGAAAUCUUCCUUUACUUCAUGCAGUUUCCUAAACUGUUAGAUGUAGGUAAUAUAUGCAUACUAUUUAAAACGAGGGUAAGUGCACAUCUAUCGUUAUGAAAAAGGAUUUGUUUAUUUUCAUACAAAAACAUGUAUGGGGCGAGUUUACAUGCACAAUGAAAAUUUUUCUCUCAACCUCCGAAAUGGUCUUUUCCAUAUGUACAUGAAUGUGAUAAUUAGACGCUUACUAAUAAUUUUCCAAGGAGGAUAGUUAUAUAAGACGUGUUCGAGAGAGUAAACCCUACCUAAUUUCUACGGAGCGUCUAUGGUGUAGAUCUCUAUGUGCGCACGUCCCAGCAUUCAUAAAACGACAUGCGCGGUUUAAACUCGAGGAGCUAGAAUAGUUUUCGGCUGCGCCUCAAGAAGCUCUUACGCUUCCCGCGUGGAUCCAUAACUCUCUAUUAUCUAUUGCUCACAAUUAUUGGUAAUUGAUAAUGAAGAGAAUAACUCUUAAUAAAUAAAUGUAACAACUCGAAUUUGUUUUUACCCACGUUUGUUUUACCAAUGCUAAUUUUUUUAGCGAUCCCAGCCGGUGCUUAUGCAUUUGACAGUUUACGUGGAUCAAUGUCAAGUAUCUUUUAUGUACUUUUUAUGUUAUCAUUAUUUCAGGGAUCACUCGUAGCGUAAACAAAUCAGAAGAAUACAAACUUCGCAAGGACAUUUUAAAGUAUAAGGACCCCAUGGUCCGUCCUGUUGAAAACUACUCUGAAGCCGUCAAUGUUUCUUUCUAUAUGGACGUUUUAAACUUGACAGACCUGGUAUGCCAUCGCAGAUUUAUCAUUGUUUUGUAUGCCAACAUAAAUCUAUCAUUGUUUUAACACAUAUACUGCAAAUGAUUUCAAACCGAAAAAAGAAACAAACAAACAAAGAAAUUAAAACACCGUCAGCCUGUGAGAAUAAUCUUGCAUGUCUCAAUGCAAUCAAUCACAACAUUAUGUUUAAACCGAUUUGCCCGCCCACACAUUAUCCGGCAGUCACUAACCCAUUUUUGUUUGCCAGUCCCUCAAAGUCAAACUUUUAAAACUCAUCACACGUUCGUCGGUGUUGUUAACGUUGUUGACUUUUUGUUAGUUAGUUAGUUUGUUUCUUAGGUUAUCACAGGCUAUCAAGACUUCACCUCACCCUAUUAAAGGGUAGAAAAGACAUACCCGCCUAGAGGUGUAGAUACUGUUACACUGCACUGCUCAUUUUUUAAAUGAGUCUCCCAUUAUCACUACUUUAGUGACAAUUAACACUGUUUAAAACAAGAAAAACAGAUUAACUUAAAUCAUUCGUUUCGUUCCAUGAGUUAUUUUGUGUUUGCCUAUUACAGGAUAAUAAGCGCCAGAUGCUUGCAACAAAUGUCUGGAUUUUACAGGUUUGUGUUUACUACAAUGCGCUUUAACAAGUCGCUCUUUAGUGCGCUUGUAUACUUGUGCUUUGCCAAGAGUGUCUUUUAUUCACUGUUUUAUCCAGCUGUUCAUUUUUUACGCAUUCAUUCAUGGAUUUAUUUUUUUUCUUUCUUUUAAUCAUCUAUUCAUAAUUUCUUACCUCAUUCAUUAACUUGAUCAUGACAACAAACGAAAAUUUUGAACGACUAAACGGAAUGCUUACAAAUAAAUAAACUUAUGAGGUAGUAACUAUGACAACCACGAGUGCAAAAAUAGAGAGACCUGAGACAUCGUUACUUUAUUGGAUGAUUUCCACUUCUCGCUUUCUUUGAACUCAUUUCUCUCAGUUGCGGUAUCAUUAAAAUUUUGCAGAGGUGGCAGAAUCCGUUCCUCGAAUGGAAGAAAGAAGAAUAUGGAGGUAUUGAUCAGAUCCUCGUGAGCCCAACGGAAAUAUGGGUGCCAGACAUUGUCCUUUACAACAAGUAAACUACUUUUGGGUUUUAAAUUGUUUAUGAGUGUCAUUUUCGAUCCCAUGCUUGCACACUUAUGACUUUUGAGUCCAUCCAUCAAUCAAUAAAUCGAUCAAUGCAGGCACACAGCCAGAAAUUUGUCCGUUAUAAAGUGCAUCCAUCAAUCAAUCAGUUAAUAAUCGGCAGCCGUCAGUCAUCAAUUGAAAAUAAAUGAAUUGAGCAAAGAGUUGUUGUUUUAUUGCCCUGUAGUGGUGAUAAACAGGUUCGGAAAGCUGGUCACACUGAACUGUUCAAGAACUGGGUCGCAGUUGAUAGCACUGGAGGGUGUAGUUGGGGAUCCAUGGCAAACCUUGAGAGUAGUUGCAGCGUGGAGGUCAGCUCGUUUCCUUUCGAUGAGCAGGAGUGUUCUCUUACUUUUGCUUCGGCGAGUUAUGGAAGUAAUAUGCUGGAAAUUCAUUCCAUACGCCCUUUAGGUAGCAGUCUGGCAUUUGUUUAUAGUUUGUUUAUUUGUAAACGAGUUUCUGGUUAUGCUUUCCUUUAUGCAUUUAUUGUGUGAAAUUCAUCCUUUGGCGCGAAUGUCUUGAGAGUUGAAUUGAAAGUGAUAAGUGCCCUUUUAUUUCCUUUUUAUCUUGUUUUGUUUUUUAAUUUUUCGACUUUUUUUCUAGGAAAACAAAAUAAGAGCGAACAUCUUGAUGAGGAUGGGGAAUGGGAGUUUAAACACAUAUACGUGCAUAUUUCGAGGAAGAUAUCUCAACGGCACGAAGAUGCAAGGCUGGAAUACCCUCUUAUCACAUACACACUAGAGAUCAAACGGAGGCCCCUUUAUUAUAUCAUGCUGAUGAUUAUACCUUGCGUCCUUUGUACCCUGUUGGUUCUGGCCAGUUUCGCUAUUCCUCCAGAAAAUGGUGAACGGAUUGGUUUUUGCUCCACCGUCAUGCUUUCAAUCAGUGUUUAUCUCCUUAUCAUGGCUGAUAUGCUCCCAGAAAAGUCGGAUACGUUGCCAGUUCUUGGUGUCUACUACACCAUCACUAUGUUUGAGAUAGCCCUGGCAUUGAUUGGUACGAUUAUUGUUUUGAGGAUCUACCAUUCAGCAAGUGAACCACCCAACUGUUUUAAAACUCUGCAUAAGAAGCACAAAGCCAAGAAAUUAAAGAAAAUAAGAGUUGGAAGAAAGUGGACGAUGGCAAAACUCCUCAGAGGCAAUGCCGUAACAAACAAUAGCAAUCCAGUUGGAGGUGAUGCAGAACCGAAUAUUACUCAGGUCCCAGUUGAUACGGAGCUACAGCAGACAGAGGUAAAGGGCGACGGAAAUGGCAUUGAGCUCACAGAAGAUGACAAUCAAAAAAUCUGGCGUUCAAUUGCUGUUACUUGUGAUCGCAUUUUUUUCUGGCUCUUUUCGAUCAUUUUCAUCGGGUCCACUGCAUAUCUGAUAGCGAAUCGUGGUAACUUUGCGGUUUUGUUUGAUAAGAACAUCUAA